GCGCUGGGCGGGUCCCAGGUGAAGCUGUCUGACGGCUCAGUGAAAACGGUAACCACGUCGACAGCAGCCCACCUGUCCAAGCCGGCCACGACCAUGCUCAGGAUGACGGGCGGAGUCAUCACAGCCGCUAGUCAACCGGUGAGUGGGAGGAGUUUGGAGUAUUUGGGGUAGCCUCCCCAAAUAGACCCUGUAUCAGAACUAGAUUAUCUGGUCCUUUAUGGAACCAAGAAGCCUCUCUUCCGUGCCUGAUCCCCAUUUUGGAACUCCACUCUUCCAGAACUGUUAAUUAGAAUGUCAGCAUCUUGCCAGAGAAAUGUGUUCCUUUGUUUCAGCUAGAACUCCCUAAACCCACUGGCUUAGCUUGAGCAGUCUGCCUUAAUUAGAAUGAAUGGGAUUUAUCAGUGGAGCUGCAGAAGGGGAACACAGGGCGGUGGACCCUAACAUAUUAUGAAAAGAGUUAUAAAACUAGAAAGGUGUAGUACCCGUAGUUUGUAUCAUUCUUUCUCUCUAAGAAAGUUUUUUUGGUCAUUUAUUUCAUACACAGACUGAAACCAUGUGGUGAUGUUUAGGGCAGUAAAACUAUGUGAAUUUGUCUGUUUGUGUCUGUGUGAGUACAUCUUCACGAAGGCCAGCUGUUUGUGGUUGUUUGGUUCCAGCUAGCGGAGGUGUCCGGUCAGGCCAAACCUGUAUCCCACUCUGUCCUGGUGGCAGCCAACCAGGCAGCAGUCAUCAACGCCGCAAAGAAUGCCAGCGCUGCUACCGCCAUUACCAUGGCAAGGAACACCACGGCUGCCGUUACCAUGGCAAAGAAAGCCACGGCAAACGCCGUUACCAUUGCAAAGAGCGCCACCGGUUUGGUAACCAUGCAGAAGGGCGCCACGGCGCCAACUGUCACCUUGGCAAAGGGUCCCAACACCUCUACCACUGUUGUUACCGUUACUAAGAGCGUUACAAACAUGCACGUCAUCAGCAUGGCCAAAGGGGCGGGUUCUAUGGUUGUGGGUGUGCCCAAGAGCGCCAGCACGACAUUGGUCAGUGCGGCAUCGCUGGUCAGCGGGAUGGCAGCAGGGGGAGGAAAGACAGCUGCUACUCUAUCAGGUAGGAAGAGAAUACCUCUUAUGUUGUUUGAGAAAGUGGAUUGCUGCUAUUUUGGGACAGGUCUAAAAAAAAUAUCUGUGGGAUCACCUGUAUAAGUAAAGCAUCGAUUUAGAAUAAAUAGAUCAUGUAAGUGGCCAAAUGCCCCAUCCAGGCUAAGAGUUGUCUCCUGUGCUCUGGUCUUGUCCAGGUAUGCUGAAGAUCCACUCUGGCGGGUCCAGCUCCCAGCAGACAGUGCUGGCCAUACCAGCCAACCAGCCCAAACAGCUGGGGGUGGGCACUGGCACAGGAGGGGUACAGACCGUACACAUGCCCGUCAACAAAGGUAAGAGUCAGUCAGUCCAUCCAUGGUAAAUUAUUCCAAAAUCUAUCAAUCCAUCAGACAAUCCAGUGUUUUUCCUGACAUAUAUUUUUCAGACAGUGACACAAAGGCCCUCAAGGCAUAUGACUAUUCUCCAGAGUAGCUGACAUCCUACCAUUAUAUUGAAAUCAAUAGAAAACCAGGUAGACAGACUUUCGCAGUACCCCCUGAGGACUGGUGAGCAGAAGUCUGUGCUGUGGGAUUCUACCUAUUCCCCAGAUGUGAGCUGGGACUGGGAGACUGAGAGAUGCGCUUCGGUGGGCUGGGGAUUGAGUUAGUGCAGCUAGAGAGAGAGGGGGAGCAGGGGUGUUGCAAUAUUAAAACUCCUCACACACAGACACACACACACACACACACAGUGCACCUGGGUUUUAAAGUAACUGGCUCGCACACAGUGUACUGAGGAGGAAGUCUAGGCACCAGCUGAGCCCCAGGCCUACAUGUGUGAAUAUAGAGGUUUUGGUGCCUAGUCAUGAGGGCCUGAAAAGCAGUCACCUUCACCGCUAAAGUCACUGCUUUAUUCAUUAUACAUUCAAUAUUCAUGUGUGGGUUUGUUCUUGUUGUCCCCUCCUGUGUGUGUGUGUGUGUGUGUGUGUGUGUGUGUGUGUGUGUGUGUGUGUGUGUGUGUGUGUGUGUGUGUGUGUGUGUGUGUGUGUGUGUGUGUGUGUGUGUGUUUGUGCGCGCACGCGCAUAGUAGUAGUCCAGUCCAGCAGUGUGUCUAAAGGACCAGCUCCCAGUAGUAGCUCCACUCCCUCCCCUGGAGCAGGAGUGGCUGCAGCUGGAGUCUCCCCCAGUCCUGGAGCUGCUACCCAGGCCUCGCCUUCCCCCUCCCUCACCCUGCCUCUGGCCCAAGGUGAGAGGAGCACCCCUCGCCUCGCUCUGUCUUUCCUCUCCUUCAACAUCCUCCUGUCCCUCCUUCAUUCCUCUCUUUUGGUGGCCCUCCCUUAAGGCAUCAGCAUACUUCAGUUCGGCUGGUGCCUAUCCGAGCUCAGCGAGGCGAACCAAACAAGUUUUCUCGCAUACUCCCUUAAAAGACCUUCGCUUGAAAAAAUUAGAAAAAAGCAGCAAUACUACUGUUUUUUCCAUUUUGAGACGCCGUAGCCAGUAUACACUUCCCCCCAAAUAGUUAGAAUUAAUCUAAGAUAACUCAAGAAAUCUGUCAUUAAUUUUUAUGUUUUUGCCAAGGAGAUCUUAGUCGCGCAAUUUUGCAUCUGACUAGGAUGCAGUAUCUUUCAAGUGAAGAAAUGUGUAUGCGAGCGAGUCGUCUCGUUGAAUGACAACAGGCAAUUACUUCAUUGACGAAUCCCUACUGUUGACCAAUCGCCAAUGAGGGGUCGUUGUAGACUUCGGCUACCGAAAAUAAAUGGUGUGCCCAAACAGCUGAAAAAACCCUUGCCAAAGUCCAAAACAAACAAAAACGUCACAGAAUGUCAGCAUAAUAUACAGUACCAGUCAAAAGUUUGGACACAGCUACUCAUUAAAGGGUUUUUCUUUAUUUUUACUAUUUUCUGCAUUGUAGAAUAACACAUAUGGAAUCAUGUAGUAACCAAAAAAGUGUUAAACAAAUCGAAAUAUAUUUGAGAUUUGAGAUUCUUCAAAGUAGCCACCCUUUGCCUUGAUGACAGCUUUGCACACUCUUGGCAUUCUCUCAGCCAGCUUCUUGAGGAAUGCUUUUCCAACAGUCUUGAAGGAGUUCCCACAUAUGCUGAGCACUUGGUGGCUGCUUUUCCUUCACUCUGCUGGUCAAAACUCAUCCCAAACCAUCUCAAUUGGGUUGAGGUCGGGUGAUUGUGGAGGCCAGGUCAUCUGAUGCAGCACUCCAUCACUCUCCUUCUUGGUAAAAUAGCCCUUACACAUCAUGGAGGUGUGUUGGGUCAUUGUCCUGUUGAAAUACAAAUGAUAGUCCCACUAAGCGCAAACCAGAUGGGAUGGCGUAUCGCUGCAGAAUGCUGUGGUAGCCAUGCUGGUUAAGUGUGCCUUGAAUUCUAAAUAAAUCACUGACAGUGUCACCAGCAAAGCACCCCCACACCAUCACACCUCCUCCUCCAUGCUUCACGGUGGGAAUCACACAUGCGGAGAUCAUCCGUUCACCUACUCUGCAUCUCACAAAGACGCGGCAGUUGGAACCAAAAAUCUCAAAUUUGGACUCAUCAGACCAAAGGACAGAUUUCCACCGGUCUAAUGUCCAUUGCUCGUGUUUCUUGGCCCAAGCAAGUCUCUUCUUCUUAUUGGUGUCCUUUAGUAGUGGUUUCUUUGCAGAAAUUCGACCAUGAAGGCCUGAUUCACGCUGUCUCCUCUGAACAGUUGAUGUUGAGAUGUGUCUGUUACUUGAACUCUUUGAAGCAUUUAUUUGGGCUGCAAUUUCUGAGGCUGGUAACUCUAAUGAACUUAUCCUCUGCAGCAGAGGUAACUCUGGGUCUUCCUUUGCUGUUGCGGUCCUAAUGAGAGCCAGUUUCAUCAUAGCGCUUGAUGGUUUUUGCGACUGCACUUGAAGAAACUUUCGAAGUUCUUGAAAUGUUCCGUAUUGACUAACCUUCAUGUCUUAAAGUAAUGAUGGACUGUCGUUUCUCUUUGCUUAUUUGAGCAUUUCUUGCCAUAAUAUGGACUUGGUCUUUUACCAAAUAGGGCUAUCUGCUGUAUACCACCCCUACCUUGUCACAACACAACUGAUUGGCUCAAACGCAUUAAAAAGGAAAGAAAUUACACAAAUUAACUUUUAACAAGGCACACCAGUUAAUUGAAAUGCAUUCCAGGUAACUACCACAUGAAGCUGGUUGAGAGAAUGCCAAGAGUGAGCAAAGCUGUCAUCAAGGCAAAGGGUGGCUACUUGUUUAACACUUUUUGGGUUACUACAUGAUUUCAUAUGUGUUAUUUCAUAGUUUUGAUGUCUUCACUUAUUCUACAAUGUAGAAAAUAGUAAAAAUAAGAAAAAUCCUUGAAUGAGUAGAUGUGUCCAAACUUUGACUGGUACUGUAUGCACGAGCUGUUCUGAACUGUUUCGGCUGGGAAGCGUGCGGACGCCUUUAGCCUUCCUUUCUCUUUCCACUCAAUGCAUUCAGCUCCCCAUCUCUCCUUUUCACCUCACGUUUCUACCACUUAACAAUUCCUCCAUCUUUUUAUAUUUCCACCCUCAACCCCUCUCUUCUACUCUCUCCCCCUUCUUCCUCUCCCCCUUCUUUCCUCACACCCCGGUCCUUGCAAAGGUUGUCUUGUCUUGUUUGUAUUUUGAGCCCCAUCUCGUACUCUGUAUCUCCCGUCUCCUCUACAGUGAAGACAGAGCCAGGAGUCUCUACACCCGUCUCUGCUACACAUGCCCCUUCGCCCCCUGUAACAGCCCCUGUCGCCUCCUCCACCCCUGUAGCUGCCCCUCCCACUGCGUUCGCCUCAGUCAAACUGGAGCAGGGGGCCGACACCAGCUCACACCACCACAUCGAGGUCAUCAAGUAAGGACAACUCGGAUACAAUAUGAGUUAUUACAAAGGGGUCCCAAGAGAACCUGUACUAAGCUCAUACAACAUCAGUUACACUAUGAAAGGCAUUGGCUAACAUGUAAGGACUACUUAGAUAUAUCUCAGACAAAACAUUAUAUGCCAUGAAAAGGACCGGCUAUUUGCGAACAACAAAGCACCAAGCCAUUAGCAUAGCAGCAGUAGGAUAGUUCUAUACCGCAGAAGCAAAUUGGGCUAUUGGAUAUGGAUGGUUUUGGCACUACACUCAGAUCUAUAGGUUUGCUGAGAGUCUGUUGGGGGUCUUGUGUGUGAUAAUGUGUUUGUGAUGUGUGUUUGUGCCUCUCUUGGCUCCUCAGCACGGAACACAUACAGACCCUCAUGCAGCUGCUCACCGCCGUGGUGAAGAAAUCCCCCCUCAUCGUACCAGAGAAGAGUAAGCUCCCUUCUACAUUCUACUCUUUACAUCCAUUCUUAGACAAGUUGCCAUAUAAAUAAAGCUUGAAUGAGACGGAUGGGAUGUUAAAUGGGUGUCCUGACGCUCUGUGGUCAUUAAAAAUCCCAUGGCACUUAUCGCAAGUCUAGGGGUGUUAACCCUGGUGUUCUGGCAAACAUUCCCAACCUAGGGUCAUUUCCAUAAUGGCCACCUAAUCAUCCCUCUCAUUCUUAAUUGGCAUAUCAUUCCUCACCUUUCCACCAUGCUAGCUGAUGUGUGGUGAGCGUUCUGGCACAUACUGGUUGCCGUGCGUCACCCAAGUGGGUGCCACACAUUGGUGGUGGAUGAGGUGAGUUUCCCCCUUACUAUGUAAAGCGAUUUGAGUGCCUUAGUUGGUAGAAAGGCGCUAUAUAAAUCCAAUCUAUUAUUAUUAUUAUGUAGACACUGUGUUGUGUGUUGUAUGAUUCAUCUUGUGUUGUAUUGUUUAGCCGAGGACUCCCAUCCGUUCUGUGCAGUGUCUACUGAGCAGUAUUACUCCUGGAACAUUGGGAAACGCAGGGCAGCAGAGGUAAGAUUGUUUGUUUGUGUUGUUGGCUGUGUGUUUGUUAGUCUGGCUGUGUACAACGUGUAAACAAGUCAGAGUUCGUUUGUGUGUGUUUACACAAGACUUUGACUCUGCAUAUUUUCUGCUUACCUCAUGUCUCCCUGUCCAGUCAGAUGCUUCUCUCUCUGUAUGUUUCCCCAGUUAUCAUCCUCCUCUUUCAUCUCUACAAAAUACACACACACACACACACACACAUACUUUUACCCAAGCUGCUGCCUAGAGCCUCUGUAGACCCAUAAUAUCUGUGGAGGCAGUCUAGACUGGUUUUCUACCCGAGGCUGACUACUGACUGUGUUAUGGUAACUUCUAUGAACUCAUAAAGGACGUUCAGAGGAAAUGAUGCCGAAGACACCCCCUGGAGAGGGUUGGCCCUGUGCUGUCUAGCUAAAAUCCAAUCAGUUAAAAUCCUCUGUUUACUCCAUAUCAACAGACUCCAUGUGAUUAAUAUGCUAAGUACAAUUUGAGUGACAGCUGCUGAAAGGGAAUAAAGGGAGAAUUGUGAGGAAUCAGAGCUGUCCUUCGUCUAUUAAUUGUAUUGUACUAUGUCUUCUGACCCAUGUUUUGCAUUGUGAUUGUCAUUAAUAAAGAAAUUAGGAAAGAAAAAAGGAAUCGGAGCUAUCUCCAUUAUAAUGUGCAAAGUGUGUUGACUGUUUUGUAUCUAGUAUGUAUAUACAUGUAACUGCCAAAAUAAAGUAAACGCCAACAUAAAGUGUCUUGAUAGGGUGUUGGGCCACCACGAGCCAGAACAGCUUCAAUGCACCUUGGCGUAGAUUCUGGAAGUGUCUGGAACUCUGUUGGAGGGAUGUGACACCAUUCUUCCUCGAGACAUUCCAUCACUUGGUGGUUUGUAGAUUGUGUUGUAAAACUCUCUUUAGGUACCGCUCCAGAAUCUCCCAUAAGUUCAAUUGGGUUGAGAUCUGUUGACUUGAGAUGCCCAUGGCAUAUGGUUUACAUCGUUUUCAUGCUCAUCAAAUCAUUCUGUGACCACUUGUGCCCUGUGGAUGGGGGCAUUGUCAUCCUAUGGGAGCAUAGCCGUGGUAGCCAAAAUAAUGGCCUGCCCAGCAUUUUUAUACAUGACCCUAAGCAUUAUGGGAUGUUAAUUGCAUAAUUAACUCAGGAACCACACCUGUGUGUAAGCACCUGCUUUCAAUCUACUUUGUAUCCCUCAUUUCCACAAGUGUUUCCAUUAUUUUGGCAGUCACCUGUGUGUUGACUUUGAGUGCACUUUAAAUGAAGUUGCUAUGGUUUGUCUCAUUGUAGCUCCAGCGAGCGGUGGCAGUGAAGCGUGUGGUCCAGGAUGUGUUGGAGCGCUGCCCCCGCCUGCAAGCCCUCACCCCCCCUAAGACCAGAGAGGUGGUCCAGUGGUGCCGGCAGAGGGGCUACACUCCCCCGGACCCCGAGCCCCUACGCAGCAGCAGGCCUGACGAAGGAACCAUCGAGGACAUCCUCACACAGAUAGACAACGAACCAGGUAGAGUGUGGGUGGGGGGGGAAAGAGGGUGUAGGCGUGUGUGUGUGAGAGAGAGAGAUUCAGUGGUGUUGGAAGAGUUUGUGUGCAUGACUCUCCGGGAGAAAUGUCACUGCAACUCUAUUAUGUGGCAUUCUUUGUAACCUUUUUCAAAGGCCAGUGUACUGUAUGCAGGCCUGUCUGGUAUUCACAAGCAGUCCUAAUUCAUUCUGUCCAUUGUUCCUGUUCCUGUGUGGAGGAGAAAGGAGGUCGCUAGCCUGAUGAGUCACACACCAGGCUGAGAGCCCAAACAGCCAAGCUCUGUUCUGCGCGGCUCUGCUCUAAUCACUAUGGCCCAAAUACCCCAAAUGCACACACUCUUUUGCUUUCUCUCUUUCAUACACUCUCUCUACCUCACUCACUCACGCUCACUCUCUUUCUCUGCAUGUCUAAACACAAAGUUAGGAACAGAUGUGCUCAGCCUUCACACCUGUUUAAAGCUCUCACCUGUUAGCCUAUUUUCUGAAGGUUAUUUUCAGGAUGGAAUUAAUAUAAAGAGCUAGGAAGUCUUUAUUUACGGUGCACCUAAGUUGUGUAUUUACAUUUCUCUUAAUUGUCCAUUUUAUCUUUAUUCAACCUUUGUCCUUCUACUCCUUCUAUGGAGUACAGAGCAAUAUACACUGAGUGUACAAAACAUUUAAUGACAUAGGCUGACCAGGUGAAUCCAGGUGAAAGCUAUGAUCCCUUAUUGAUGUCACCUGUUAAAGCCACUUCAAUCAGUGUAGAUGAAGGGGAGGAGACGGGUUAAAUAAUUAUUUUUAAACCUAGAGACAAUUGAGACUUGGAUUGUGUAUGUGUGCCAUUCAGAGGGUGAAUGGGCAAGACAAAAUAUUUAAGUGCCUUUGAAUGGGGUACGGUAGUAGGUGCCAGGUGCACCGGUUUGUGUCAAGAACUGCAACACUGCUGGGUUUUUCACGCUCAACAGUUUCCCGUGUGUAUCAAGAAUGGUCCACCACCCAAAGGACAUCCAGCCAACUUGCCACAACUGUGGGAAGCAUUGGAGUCAACAUGGGCCAGCAUCCCUGUGGAAUGAUUUCGACACCUUGUAGAGUCCAUGCCCCGACGAAUUGUGGCAGUUCUGAGGGCAAAAGAGGGGGUGCAACUCAAUAUGUUUUGUACUCUGUGUAGACGCCCACACAUCUCACAACUCACUUCACCCUGCUACUACCUCAGGCUGUAGAUAGAGAACAUUCACUGUUAUUGGAACCUCUACUUUUUUUUGUGUGUGUGUUAACGUGUGUGUAUACAUCUUUCUCUAGAGUGCCCCUCUACCCUGGGUAGCUGUGAGGAGUUGGUCCAGCGGUUGGAGCAGCUGCAGACCCUGCUGAAGACUGAGCCCGAGGAUGAUGACGAUGAAGUCCUAGACAUCGUCAGUGUGACCCCGCCCUCUCAGAGGUUAAAGGUCAAAGAAGAGGAACAGGAAGCGGACCCCGAGCCAAAGUACUUCCUGGCACCCUGCCCCUCGGCCCAGUUCAUCAGCGACACAGCCCAACAGGUGAGGAGCUAUCUGGUCGGCACCGACAGAUAAGGGAGUUGGUCAAAGUUGACCCUUACUUAGGGAUGCACAACUUUGAUCCUCCAUGGCCACAGUGUGUGCUGGCUUUCCUUCCUGCCAUAUAAAUAUACCGAUUUGGACCUUGGAGGAAACCAAGUAUGUGCACUUUGCAGUGAAAUUCAAUUCUCAGACUGGUGGACAAUUUUCCUUUGCAGAUCAGAGGUUGGCUAUGAAAUUUGAUAAGCACCUAAAAAUGGCCAGGUUUCACGGUGCUGUAUUAAGAUGCUAGAGAAUUGUGGAUUGUGUGAGGAUUAAAAUCCUGUAAGAGGCCUCCCGAGUGGCGCAGCGGUCUAAGGCACUGCAUCGCAGUGCUUGAGGCGUCACUACAGACCCGGGUUCGAUCCCAGGCUGUGUCACAGCCGGCCGUGACCGGGAGAUCCAUGAGGAGGCGCACAAUUGGCCCAGUGUUGUCCGGGUUAGGGGAGGGUUUGGCCGGCUGGGAUUUCCUUGUCCCAUCGCGCUCUAGCGACUCCUUGUGGCGGGCCGGGCGCCUGCAAGCUGACUUCGGUCGCCAGCUGGACUGGAUGGUGUUUCCUCCGACACAUUGGUGUGGCUGGCUUCCGGGGUAAGCGAGCAGUGUGUCAAGAAGCAGUGCGGCUUGCCAGGGUCGUGUUUCAGAGGACACAUGGCUCUCGACCUUCGCCUCCCCCGAGUCCGUAGGGGAGUUGCAGCGAUGGGACAAGACUGUAACUACCAAUUGGAUAUCAAAUUGGGGUAAAAAUAAAUACAAUUAAAAUAAAAGAGGAGUGUGUACAAAUAUACACUCCUAGCAUCAGUACAGCUGUGUACAGUAUCUUGUGCUAACAAGACCCAGCAUCUCCUAACUUAAGUCUCACUCUUUCUCUUUCUCUCUAUCCCUUCUCCCCUCACACUUUCCUCUCUCCAUCGCUCUCAGAUUGGGGUGGCCUUUCAGCAGGUGGAGGUGGAGAAGAAUGUGUUUGCUCCGGUGAUCGAGGCCAUGAUUCUCAAGGUCAGUCACUCCGGAUGCCUCAAACACUUAUAAUGAACAAUGAGAAUAACAGUUGGCCUCACUUAGAGAUAGAUGUCAUUCACUAGAUUGAUGAAGACAUUUUUCCUGUGUCCCUCUGUGCACCUGUCUCUGUUCCUGUACUGAUAUAAGAUGUUCUGUGAUGUAGUAUAUAUUGUAUAAUGUGUUUCUGUCUUCUGCAGGCGACAGAGCAGUUUGCUAGUGACAUCCUGAGAGAAGCUCUGGCUGGAGCCCAUGUAAAAUCCCCCCAGAACAGGUGAGACACACUCAUUAUCCCCUUCACACUGAGCUGGUAUACUAAACACUGAGAAUGUAUUGUAUUUUUCCCUAUUAAAUACACUAUUAGAUAAAUGAAUAUCUUCCUUUUGUGUCCCCAGGGCUCCCAGGGAGAUCACAGCCAUGAACAUUCACCAGGCGUCCAGCAGCAUCCCCACAUGUGACUUCCUCACCAACACACACAUGGGCUACCUGACCAAGGAGGACUGA